CCACAAUGCACCCGCUGCUCAGCGGGAAACCAAAAUGGCGAGAGCGAGCGAACAAAAUCAGCCGUUUAUCAUAGUGUAAAAAACACAUUACGAUUUUGAAUAAUUUCUGUAAAGAAACAAAACCUCAGUUCACAGCGGCUUUGACGGGAACGGAGCUCCUGUUGCUCGUUCAUGGUGUAGUUCUUUGUGUUUGUGAAAUAUUGUUACCCUGGAAAGUGACCGAAUGAGAGACUCGGCAAGUUCGGAUAACCUGGCUGCCCAUCAAAAAUCACCCCCAAAUCGCCAACACAAGUCACCGGUGCCCUUGUCACAAUUUCCCCUGAAAGAUGGGCUGACCGACACGGCCAAGCUCGCCGGCAAGUUUGAGGAGGGGCAGGACGUCCUGGCUCGGUGGUCAGAUGGCCUCUUUUACCUGGGCAAUAUUGCCAAGAUAGAUACACUUAAGCAUCGCUGCUUUGUGAUUUUUGAAGAUCAGUCUAAAUCCUGGGUUCUGUGGAAGGACAUUCAGACAGGGGACAGUGGAGGGGAGAUGCUCUGCUCUAUAUGCCAGAAUGAAAGCUCCGAGCCUCCUAAUGAAAUAGUCAUUUGUGACAAAUGUGGACAAGGGUACCAUCAACUGUGCCAUGCCCCCAUAAUCGACUCAGGUGUCAUUGCCUCUGAUGACAAAUGGCUCUGCCGACAGUGCGUGUUUGCCACAACAACAAAGAGAGGUGGUGCACUGAAGAAGGGUCCAAAUGCCAAAGCUCUGCAGGAAAUGAAGCAGUCCCUGCCGUAUGCCCUGGAAGAUCUGGUAUGGGACCAGGGCCACAAGACCAACAUCCAGCAAUGCUACUGCUACUGUGGAGGGCCUGGAGAUUGGUUUCUAAAGAUGCUGCAGUGUAGUAAGUGUAAGCAGUGGUUUCAUGAAGCCUGCAUCCAGUGUUUUCAGAAGCCAAUGCUGUAUGGAGACAGGUUCUAUCAGUUUAUUUGUUCAGUUUGUAAUAGUGGACCAGAGUACCUCAAACGCCUGCCUUUGAGAUGGGUAGAUAUUGCACACCUGAGCCUGUAUAACCUGAGUGUAAUUCAUAAAAAGAAAUACUUUGACUCGGAGCUGGAACUGAUGGCUUACAUCAAUGAUAACUGGGACAGGCUACAGCUUGGCGAGCUUGCAGACACCCCAAGAGCAGAACGAUAUGAAUGCAUUCUGGAAGCACUGAACAGCAACCUCAACAUGUUCAUGUCAGGGAAGGAGAUAAAGAAAAAGAAGCACCUGUUUGGAUUACGGAUUCGUUUCCCACCAGCCCCUCAGAGCUCAGAUAUCCAGUCAGACCAAGAGCAGGAAAAAGCGUCCCACGAGAUCAAGAUCAAAGGCAGGAAGGCCACCAAACCCCCUCAAUUAACCAGCACUGUCACUAAUGGAUCGGUGAAGAAAGAAAAGAGGAAACUUCGCACACACUCCUUAGAGACAUUAGCCAAACUGAGAAGAUCAAGUGAAAUUUUGGCACAGAAUGAUGUGAAGUUUCCAACUCUAGACAAUAACUCACUGGACCUGAUGGCCUCAAAAAGUGCCAAAAGGGAAAAAUCUUUGCCUUCAUCAAGUACCUCAGAUGUUGAAUCUGUUGGUGCCACCAGCACCAGUGAAACUACCUCAACCACCAUCUCGAGACAGUCCAGCUUGGGCAGUCCAAGUGGACCACACACCGGAUGCCUCUGGCCCACCAUCACACAGCCCCCACUGAAGAGGCCCCGGGGACGUCCGCGACAAGCACUGCAGCCGCCAAAUCCUGAGAUUCCUCUGCCCUGCAACCUAGAACCACAACCCAGCAACAGUGUCCCUGAGCCCAGUCCCCUCCCCUCCUGCCUCUACAGCAGCAUGGACAUCAUACAGGGACUGAACCCUGACACCCAGCUCAGCCAACUCAAGACCUCUAUCAGCACUUACUUCGGUGCUGCGGGUCGCUUGGCCUGCGGGGAGAAGUACCGUGUGCUGGCCCGCCGCGUCACUCAUGACGGCAAAGUACAGUACUUGGUGGAAUGGGAGGGGGUAACAGCUUCCUGAACUGGUUAAGGGACUAGUCACACCUGGUGAAAGUCUAGUUUGCCACCAGUAAUGUGCAGUAAUGUAGUUUUGCAACAGUAACAAUGUAUUGCAUAUGGAAGUGAGAGCAGUGAAUGUGACAAUGUACAUGGUUGACUGAGCUGUUUGAGUGGCCUGUUUGAGAUGGGACUUCAAAGUGUUCUUUGUAUGCGACUGUCUCUGCAAAUUAAAAUGGACUACCUUCACAUGGACUGGAUUGACAAAUAUGAGGUGGUCAGAAUUUCAGGUUGAAGACAUAAUCAAUUCACUGCUAUGUCAAAAUAACUCAAGUCCUUUCUUUUUGCCUCUAAUGUACAGGUGCCUUAAAAGGGUUGUGAAACAUACUAUGUAUGCUGCUUGUUUUCCUUAUUCAGUCAAAAAUGUUCUUCGCUCAAAUUGCCAAGGAGAGAGAGAGAGAGAGAGAGAGAGCUAUUGUGGAUAGGGCACUUUUAUUUACAUUUCAUUUGAUUGCACAUAUGCUCUCAUCCUCAACAUCUAGUGUUGUCUAUCUAUGUUUAAAUGACCUAGAGUAUGAAUUUUGUGACAAAAUGAAACCAUUUAUGACAUUAAAGAGAUAAUUCACCCAAAAAUGAAAAUUCUCUCAUUUACUCACCCUUAUGCCAUCCCAGAUGUAUGACUUUCUUCUGCUGAUGAAGAUCUUCACAAAUGAAGAUUUUUAGUAGAAUAUCUCAGCUUUGUAGAUCCUUUCAGUGCAAGUGAAUGGUGUCCAGAACUUUGAAGCUCCAAAAAGCACAUAAAUGCAGCAUAAAAACAAUCUAUAUGAUUCCAGUGGUUUAAUCAAUGUCGUCAGAAGAAAUUUAAUAGGUGUGGGUGAGAAACAGAUCAAUAUUUAAGUCCUUUUUAAUUGCAAAUAUCCAGUUUCACAUUCUGAAUUAUUUAUAGUAAAAAAGGGUUGAUAUAUUGAUCUGUUUCUCACCCAAAGUGAUUGCAUCACUUCAGAAGACGUAUAUUAAACAACUAGUGUCUUACGGAUUACUUUUAUGCUUCCUUUAUGUGAAUUUUGGAGCUUCAAAGUUCUGAUCACCAUUAACUUGCAUUGUAUGGACCUACAGAGUUGAGAUAUUCUAAAAAUCUUCAUUUGUGUUCAGCAGAAGAAAGAAAGUCAUACACAUCUGGGAUGGCAUGUGAGUGAGUGAAUGAUGAGAAUUUUCAUUUUUUGGUGAACUAUCCCUUUAAAAAUGACUGACGUUCUUCUACCACAAAACAAAAUUAAAACGUAUCAACCGCAUUAAUAGAUCUUAGCAAUUUGUGAAACAAAUUACACAUUCACAGUUGGCUAAUUUAAAAAUUUGUUAACAAUUUUGUCUCCUGCAAGUUUUUUUCUUAAUGCUGCCACUCUCGGUCAUGUACUUAAGACGUCUGCUUAUAUCCCUUACAAAACUUAGCUGCCACAUGAAUUUAAGUUCUAAAGGUUUUAGGCAAGAGCCCUUUUAUUUUAAUUCUCUCUGUAAAAUUAUUUUAAAUCUAAUUUUUAUUUUUGAGAGGGUAGUCUUUGUGUAAUAUUUUGUUUAUACUAUGCAACUAAUUCAAUGGAUCUGUGUAUUUUUCUUCAGCUUCACCUUACAAUCAGAAAACAGCAGCAAUAUUUUUGUUACAAUUGACUCAGGCUUUUUUUUUUUUUUUUUUUGUAUUAUUGUGGUGCUAUUUAUUGCUUUCAAACAGCAGUGUACGCUAACAAAUUGUCCAUUCCCGAAAGCACUCAGGAUAGUUUUUGCAACUUCACUGUAAGAUUUGAUAUUGAUCUGAUAUUCAAAUAUAUCCUGCAAGAAAUGAAAUGAGAUUUUCAGUUCUGUUUUGUAUUUUAUAUACAAUUAUAUGAUCCUAAUUUUAGUUUUAUUCAAAAUUUUGAAGUUCAACUGAGGUGGAAAACUUUUUGUUUGUUUUUUACCUGAGAAUGCCCUGUACUCCAGAACAUUUUCUAACCACUUGCAGAGGUUGGACAUUGGUAUUAGGCAAGUGUUAGACUUCAACAGUAAUACCUCCUAAUUUUGAUACAAUGAACAAAUAUUAAGCUCUUGUUAUGUUGUGUAUGAAGCGUUUUUUGUUUGUUUGUUUCUUCAGUUGGCGUACCAGUGUUAGUAAAGCUUGCUUUGUAUUGUACUGGCUUUGAGCAGGCUCCUUUAGCCAAAGAAUAAAGAUUUCAAAACUUGG